AUGGAUAUAGACACAGAAUCCGCAGAUGACGAAAGAGCCGUCGAACUGUCUUCUAUCGCUGCCAUCUAUCCUGAGAUCGAAUUAAAUUCGGACGCUCCCUUCUCAGCUUCUCUAGCCUUACCUGUUUCUCCAACAAACUCUACGAAAAUCAUCUUCAAACCUUCUUUAGAAAUACCCCAUAUCGACGCUUCAGUUUCUCCUGAAACCCUAACAAGUCAAUACUUUGAAAAGGAUGGCUUCCUUCUGAAAACAAUAUCUACGAAAGACGUUGUAAAUGUAGACGUUUAUCCCGUCGCGCAUUUCCCUCCACUGCUUCUGAGCAUCGAUUUACCGGAUCGGUACCCAGCUACUGAACCUCCUACAUUUGCUAUAUCUACGAAUCCUGAAUGGCUUCCUGCACCUGCCAUAUCAAGACUGGUCAACGAAAGCAAGGGGCUGUGGGAAGAGUGCGGUCGAAAUUUAAUUGUUUACUCGUAUAUCGACCAUCUCCAACAGUCAGGGGAAUCCUUCUUUGGGCUUCCCAUAGACUCGCAAAGUGCUUUGGUCUUUCCUGAAGAAUUGAAGGUUCCCCUUUUAGAGUUCGACCUCCGCUUGAAGCGAGAGAAGUUCGAACAAGAGACUUUCGUUUGUGGUAUUUGUCUGGAACCCAAAAAAGGACAAGUUUGUCAUAGGCUUCAACGUUGCUCGCAUGUUUUCUGCGUCGCAUGCUUGCAAGAUUUCUACAAUACCUGCAUUAAAGAGGGUGAUGUUGACAACGUCAAGUGUAUUGAUCUUGAUUGUGGGAAGGAAGCAAAUCAUGCCUCUCGGUGCAAUGAUGGCGAAGUAGAAGCGGGAAGAAAAUCCAGACGCAGCCGAAAGCCAGACUUCACUUUAACGCCAACGGAGCUCCUCUCAAUCCCUCUCGAACAGCAGGUUGUCAAACGAUACGCCUUUCUCAAACGGAAACUCAAAUUGGAAGCCGAUAAGUCUAUCAUGUAUUGUCCACGCCAAUGGUGCCAAGGUGCCGCUCGGUCAAAGCGGUUUCCGAAGCCAACAGACUUAAUGAAUACUAGCAAUUUAGAGUUAUCAGAUGACGAAGAUGAAACAGACGCAUUUGACCCUCUAGGCUCUGAAGAUCAACUUCCACCCAUGGAAAAGCGAGUCGCGAUUUGUGAAGAUUGUGGGUAUGCCUUUUGUCGUGUGUGCAAAAAAGGCUGGCAUGGUCCUCGAGCAUUCUGCUAUCCGCGACGUGCUGCAGAGCUUACAGCAGAGGAAAAGGCAACCGAGGAUUACAUGUUCCUUUACACCGCUCAAUGUCCAACUUGUGAUUUUCGUUGCCAGAAAGCGAUGGGCUGCAAUCAUAUGAUCUGCUCCAGAUGCAAAACUCAUUUUUGCUACUUGUGUAGCAGCUGGCUUUUUGCUAAUAAUCCGUACCAGCAUUUUAAUGAAAGGACCAGUAAAUGUUACAUGAGAUUAUGGGAGCUCGAGAAAGGCGAUGGCAUAGGUGGAGCGGUUCAAGAACAACAAGACCCCUUUUGGGCCGAAGAGUCUGAUCAUGAAGAAGACGAAAUCCAUGGCGCUUGGCAAUUCGCUCAUGUAGUUAACAGAGACAACCGAGCUCCUCCGGCCGCUCCUGAUCCUCCGCAAGCGAUAGCUCCUGCUCAUCUGGAACAAGCUCAGCAAGCCGUGCAAAUUGAUCUACCAUACCGAGGUCCUCCCCUUGCUGAAGCCGUGAAUGGUAACCCUCGUCCCGCGCAGAACCAAGGCCAAGCCGAAGUAGAGCCUGGGCAAAGACGUGGAUUACAGCGUUUUCUGUACCUAGUACAGCAUGAUCAGGAGGAUGAAUGGGACAGCGAUGAAUUAGAGGGCGACUUCUAG